GGCAGGGGUCCCUGCCGCCACCGCCAUCGCCAUCGCCAUCGCAGAAACAACAACCGCUGCCAUGGCCGUCAUCAUCGUCGUCGUACACUCCGUCAUGGCUCUCCGCGACGGGGCAGCCGCAGACUGCACACCGCGAGGAGAGGAAACCCACAGCUGAGAUGGUGGCAGCCCCGCAUGUGACGCCAACUAGAGCGCCACCGCCUUCAGCCCUCACGUCGGUCGUCAGCGCUCCAGUGGCCGCGCCGCCACCAUCCCAGCAACUGCCACCACCGCCACCACCACCACCACCACCACCACCAUUGCCGCCAACGCCGCCACCGCAGGCGCAUCUGCCUCCGCAACAGCCGCAAGCACCGAAACAAGACACACAACCGGCGCCGUUAGCCUCCCAGUCUCCUCCGGUUCUGGUUCCUGCCUCUGCAACCGUGCCAACGUCUCCGGGAGCUGCGCAGGCAAACCCCCCUGACGUUAGUAAGCCUUACGCCAUGGUUGCGCCGUUGGGCGCAACUGCGGCUUCCCCACCCUUGCUGAAUGUGGUUCCUGUGGCCGUAGAUAACGCAUCUUCACUAAAGAGCGAAGUGUUGCUGGCGAAGUACGGGCCCCCGGGUCCGGCGAUUGUGCCGCGAGCUCUCGCCGAGCCAUCGCAGCUUCCGCCCACAACUCCUGCGGCAGGCGUCGCAGCACCGUCUCUGCCGGUGUGGCUUCGUCCAAGCCCUCGGGUGGAUGAGAGCAGAAUAGAAGUGCCGGGGAAAGUUGCAAGUGCGCCGCCCACAAGCAACAACGUACCGGCGAGCGUAGCGGGAACGUCCGUCUCUGUUCCCUCUAUUAUGCCACAGCUGCAGUCCGGUCAUCCGCCCCCGCUGCCGUCAUAUCCGAGUGUUCCAGUGGCCGUUCCAGUGGAUGCCCAGCGCGUGGCACAGCAGCAACAAGCGGCGCCUCCCACGACGGCAGGAUUGGAACCUGGUCUUAGCGGGCCUCCAUAUGCGCAGCCCCCGCCGGCCAUCCCUUUGGCCAUCUCGUACAGCAGUGAGGUGGUGACGCCGGCGACGGGGGUCCCACACGCGGCGGCGCCUGUUAUUCGGCGGGUGAAAGUCAGCAGCAGUAGCAGCAGGAGUUCCUCCUUUGAGAGCAGUACCUCUUCAGACACGUCGUGA